AUGGCCCCGAAGAUACAGACAUGUCUGCCUUUGAAGAGGAAGUGUUCUUCUACGAUGCGGUUGUCUGUAGCGAGCUGCUCGGUCGCCUCCGUCUCCGCCACUGCCUCCGCCGCUACCGCUAUCGCUACCGCUGUCGCUGCCGCGAUUCGCCCUCCGCCAGACUACGGUGACUGUAACGACAACGACGGCGUGUCGACGGAAUUGUCAUCGUCGAGGUUAGCUGCUGUGUGGCGUGACACCGUCGUCUGA